CCGCCGUGUUAGUGCCAGCGGCUGUCCCAUCCCAGUGCAGCCUGUCCCCUCCUACUGCAGGCUGUCACCGAAGUUCACCUUGCCCUCUCUCAGCGGGCUGUCCCCGCAGCUCUUCAUAGCAGGCACUUGCUCUGCAGUCCGGUCUGCCCUGCAGGCGUGGCCUGUCCUCGGAGCUCGUCCCCGCUCCUGGCAUCUCUGCAGUCCGGUCUGCGGGUGUGGCCUGUCCUUACAGCGCCUCCUCUUUCCUGGCAUGUGUCCAUAGUGUGCUCCCUGCUCUACAGUCCGGUCCUAUCUGCUGGUGUGGCCUGUCCUCGGAGCUCAGUGCGCCCCCUGCCUUCUUAUGUCCGCAGUCUCUGGUCAUCUCCUGUACUGUGUCCGCAGUCUCUGGUCAUCCCCUGUACUAUGUCCGCAGUCUCUGGUCAUCCCCUGUACUGUGUCCGCAGUCUCUGGUCAUCCCCUGUACGGUGUCCGCAGUCUCUGGUCAUCCCCUGUACCGUGUCCGCAGUCUCUGGUCAUCCCCUGUACCGUGUCCGCAGUCUCUGGUCAUCCCCUGUACCGUGUCCGCAGUCAGUCUCUGUACAUUGUCAUCCCCUGUACCGUGUCCGCAGUCUCUGGUCAUCCCCAGUGUACCGUGUCCGCAGUCUCUGGUCAUCCCCUGUACUCUGUGUCCGCAGUCUCUGGUCACCCCCUGUACUAGUGUCUGCAGUCCGCAGUCUGGUCAUCCCCUGUACUGUGUCCGCAGUCUCUGGUCACCCUCCUGUACUAUGUCCGCAGUCUCUGGUCAUCCCCUGUACUGUGUCCGCAGUCUCUGGUCAUCCCCUGUACUGUGUCCGCAGUCUCUGGUCAUCCCCUGUACUGUGUCCGCAGUCUCUGGUCAUCCCUGUACUGUGUCCGCAGUCUCUGGUCAUCUCCUGUACUGUGUCCGCAGUCUCUGGUCAUCUCCUG